UACUUCAUUUUAACACUGACCGCAGUCGCGUGCGCACGUUCAAGUAUAAAUCGCGCUAUUUUUAAACCGUUAUAAAAACAAAAGCGCGUGUUUUUUUCUUUAAGUGGUGAUAUAUAUUGUGAAAAUGAGCGGCAACUUCCUCACGAUACCCGGAGAUGACCCUAUUCAGAGGCGAUCAAGGAGCUCAUCACUCACAGACCUGAUCUCCGCCUUCGACACAAAGGCACAAGCACACACAGACCUACAAAAAGUGACGGCCUUCAGUGGGUCGUUUGACAAAAGCCACAAACCGACGUUUUCAAAGGAUGAAUACGGCAAACCCAUCCCUGGAUCGAUGACAGAGUUCCGAGGGGCUGAAGCUCAAGCAAGAGUUUGUACAGAAAUGAAAGAGCUCUGCGAAAUCAUCAACGAGUAUGGAAAGACACCGUGCAAGAGUCUUCUACCUCCAGAACUGAAGGAUGCCACAAAAGUCAUCUCAUUUGGUGAACUAUUUACGAUAUACACAGUGAUCUCGGACAAACUUGUUGGUAUACUGCUAAGGACGAGGAAACAUCAGCUAACGUACUUUGAGGGGGAAGUGCUGUUUCAGAAACGCGAUGACGACGUGCCAGUAUUCCUUAUGCAAACGAUGCAAGAUAUCCGAACAUACUGUGACAACAAGGCUAUGCAAGCAAGGAGAUCCGUGUCGCCCAUGCCUCAAUAAUGUUACAAAUAAAGUAUUUAAGGAAUCGUUAUUGGAAUAAGUUGUAAAGACGAGGGUGAGAGUGAAGCUUAGUUAGAAAAGGUUGUAAGAACAAAGUUGUACCAUAUGAUGAUAUAUUCAUACUAAUUUUAGUAAGAAAGUUUCAUACUCGUUCGACUUGCGACCCCAACGCCGAGUAGCUAACUCGGCAUUGGGGUUAAGGUCAAGGUCAUGAGGAUGCCGGUUGGAUCCGAGACUAGUGUGACUAUUUAGCUAAAAAAGCCUGAUUAUAACUUUUCAUUAUUUGAAGAUAUAAUUUUCAGAAAACGAAAAACCUUUAUGGGUGACUAAACUAUUAAAAAAUGUACUCCACUAAUUAAACUAUAAAGAAAUUUGAAGGUUUUAGAUGAUUCCAAAAGCUAUUGAAUUGUGUUUUCGAUAAGCAUGUCAAAGAAAUAUGACUAUACAUAUAAAAAGUAACUCCCGAAAACCAACCCUUUAUUCAGUCGCAGUAGAGUAAAAGCUAUUUAUCUAAAAACACCCCUUACAUUAUACCCAACCCCUUAGACCAACAUCAUUUAGUAAUACUAAAUCCACCCAUGGGUCAUUUUGACCCAUCCGACAUUAUUCCUUUUGGGUCACCCUAAUAUAGCACGUCCUUACCAACUACUUGCAGGAUAACGCAAUAAAAACAAUAGAAGGUCGCAAUCAUGCAAGGGUUUCUUUUGUUUUCAUAUUCUUUUUUUUU